GGAGGACGCACGCGGCCAGCAGGGGACUCGCUCGCUCCAGAUAAUCAUUUCAACAAAUGGCACCUGUUCGCUUCAAAGGAAAAACUGGCAGGAGGCAGCAACACAACUGGCUGCGUCCUGGUUCAAAACUCAUUAAACUCCAGUCUGACCAGUUAAAGGAACUGGAAAGAGCUGAACGAGACAACUGGAAACUCCACAAGAACCGGAACCGGUGUGAGAGACAACUGCUUGUCAAUUUCAGCCUUGAGAGCAACACUUUGUGAAACAUGCGUCUCCUACGCCGGCGUAUGUCCCCCCUGAAGCUGGUGCUCCUUGGGGGGACUCUCUUCAUGGUUGUCCUCGUGGUCCUCCAGAGGGAUGUUGGCUCUGCUUCGCCUGCCGGUGACCCCUGGUUUCAGGAGCUGGUGGACAAGAAGGACAAGGUCCUGGUCAUGGUACGAGAGGCCGUCAACAACAUCGGCUUCCAGAUCCGAGCUCCGCAGCCGCCGUCGGUGCAGGUGCAACCCACCGAGGACGCCAAAUGCCCCUCUGGACUCUACACUCAGGCUGAGCUCAAACCUCACCUGGAGAGACCGCCUCAGGACCCCAGUAGCUACGGGGUUGAUGGGAAGGCGUUUCAGAAAGACAAAAUGACCCCAGAGGAGACGAAGGAGAAGGACGAGGGCAUGACACGCCACUGUUUCAACCAGUUUGCCAGCGACCGCAUCUCGCUCAGCCGUAGUCUCGGAGACGACACGAGGCCUCCAGAGUGUGUUGAGAGGAGGUUUCGUCGAUGCCCUCCCCUGCCCACCACCAGUGUUAUUAUUGUCUUCCACAACGAGGCUUGGUCCACCCUCCUCAGGACGGUCUACAGCGUCCUGCACACGUCUCCUGCUAUCCUGCUCAAAGAGAUCAUCUUGGUAGAUGACGCCAGUGUUGCAGAGCACCUGAAGAGCCAACUGGAGGAAUUUGUGCUUCAGCUGAAGAUCGUCCGCGUAGUGAGGCAGGCGGAGAGGAAGGGCCUUAUCACUGCCAGGCUGCUGGGCGCCAGUAUCGCUCAGGGCGAAAUACUAACCUUCCUCGAUGCACACUGUGAGUGUUUCCAUGGUUGGCUAGAGCCCCUGUUGGCCCGCAUUGUUGAGGAACCCACUGCUGUGGUGAGUCCAGAGAUCUCCACCAUUGACCUCAACUCCUUUCAGUUCCACAAGCCCGUAGCCUCCAACCGCGCUUUCAACCGAGGUAACUUUGACUGGAGUCUGGGCUUCGGCUGGGAGGCGAUCCCCGAGGAUGCGAAGAAGCUGCGCAAGGAUGAAACCUACCCUAUAAAAACACCUACGUUUGCCGGAGGUCUCUUCUCAAUCUCCCAGAAGUACUUUGAACACAUUGGAACGUACGACGACAAGAUGGAGAUCUGGGGCGGCGAAAAUGUGGAGAUGUCGUUCAGGGUUUGGCAGUGUGGGGGUCAGCUGGAGAUCAUCCCUUGUUCGGUGGUGGGACAUGUCUUCCGCACCAAGAGUCCCCACACAUUCCCCAAGGGGACAGAGGUCAUCACUCGCAACCAGGUGCGCCUGGCGGAGGUCUGGAUGGACGACUACAAGAAGAUUUACUACCGCCGCAACAAGGCUGCUGGAGUUAUGGCCAGUGAGCACAAGUUUGGGGACAUCUCCGAUCGCCUGAAUCUGAGAGAGAAGCUUCAUUGCAAGAACUUCACCUGGUUCUUAAACACAAUCUACCCAGAGGUCUUCAUUCCUGACUUAAACCCAGAGAAACACGGAGCAAUUAGAAACUCGGGAUCUAAAAGCUGUCUGGAUGUUGGAGAGAGUAACCAGGGAGGUAAACCUGUGAUCAUGUACCAGUGUCACAACAUGGGAGGCAACCAGUACUUUGAAUACUCGUCUCAUAAGGAGCUGCGCCAUAACAUUGGAAAGCAGCUGUGUCUUCACGCCGCGCCUGGGACAGAGCCGGUGAAGAUCGAGCUGUGUGAGAAGAAGGGGAAGGGCACCAGUGUGGCGCCGCAACAGGAGUGGGUCUUAACAGAGGAAAAUCUUCUGAAGAAUCCCAGCAGUGGAAAAUGUUUACGGCUGAACGUAGACAAGGUUCAGAUGGAAAACUGUAACGCUGCCGACCUCUAUCAGCACUGGACCUUUAGCUGAACCUCCCUAUCCGCCCAUCAGGUGACCUCUGGCACCUUCCUCAGACUCGGCUCCAAGGGGCCAACUCAACAUUGAUCCAGAAGGACUUCAUGCUGUGGAGCUUUGGGGCAUUUGGCCACGCUGAGCGGACAGUUAAAGAUGAAGGACACAGAAAAGACAGUCGCGUCUGUUAAAGACGCUCGGGUUGGCCUUAACUUGUUUUAAAUUUAUUUAUGAUGGAAACUCUAGAAAGACAUUUGAAGGUGGCUGGGGAUUAUCCGACACUAGAGUGUGGACUUCACACUCAGGAGUGGCAGCUUGACUGUGGGGCUGUGAACUACAAUGAUCGUAUUCCAGCUGGGAAAAUCAUCAUUUAGGGACUUUUUCUUUUGUCUGACAAUGAAUGUUGCAAGGUGACGAUAUGCACAAGUCUUACUUGAGAGCAAGAGAUGUCUGUUUUUUUAAAUAAAAAUUCUUCUUUGUCGUGUCAGAUAAAUGA